AUGUCUGCAAUGAACCCAUUACUCUCGUUUUUAUUCAACCACCCCAACCCAUCGCAGAAGUUUCGAGACCAGGUGGCGCAGCUGGCGCACUCCAACUACGCCAUUCUGGUGCCGCAAAUAUCGCUGGACGACCACUGCGACGCGGAACUGACGCCGGAAGCGGUAUUUUCGCAUGUGAUUCGCAUCUCGCACACGGGAGAAAACCAGAGAGCGCGAUACUUUGCGUCGGCCAACGGCCGCACGGUGAUCUUCAAAAACGAUCAGGUUAUGACCUACCGUGGCUACAAAAAUAACGUCACCGUGAACAUCGUCGACCAGUACGUCUACACGCCAGUGUGCUGGUACCUGCCCCGAACCUGCUUCCAGAACUUUCUGGUCUACGAGAUCUCCGGGUAUCUGACGGAGAAACCGCUGCCCGAAGCGCCCAAAGAAAUAGACCAGAAUCAGUACGAUGGACCCAGCUUUGAGGACAUUCUGCUGAUCUACCCAAACGUAGGAAGACAGCUCUCGCGACUACUGGCAACCACGUUCGAUAACUACACCAGCACGGCAGCCAACACGGAGGAGCUGGAUCUCGAAUUUGAACGAGCCACAGACAGAGCUAUUGAGUACGUCCAGGCAAUAGACCCGCUGAUGGUGAGAAGGAUUAUCGAGGAACAACGACUGACAGAAACUCAAUUGGAAAAGAAGAUUGACGAGUACGUGGAGAGCCAGCUGUCGCGAAAGCUGUGGAAUGCAUUGAUCGCCUUGCGAACCAAUGAGGAUGGACCUCUUGACCAGGCUGUGGAGAGCAUUAAGUAUCUCUCUUUGAAUCAAGUUGAUCUUCCGGAGAAUGAAAAGCACUGGGAAGCCAAGGUUGUGGCUGCUGCCAACGUUCUUCAGACCCUGGCCAACACUUCUACAAACGAGUCGUUGCCAUGCAAUUGUCGAUUCUUAGAAAACACUCUCAUGAAGUGUAUUGAUACGCUAACAGAUGACUCGAUUCAGGUCAAUGCUGACGUUCUGGUCUCCCUACUUCUAGUGGUGGUUGCACGGGCAAACAUUUCGCAUCUAAACUCGACUAUUUAUUACAUUCGGUCCUUCUCGUCCAACGCCGUGGACUCUGGAAAGCUGGGAUACAUGCUUAGUACUCUCGAAGCUGUCAUGUACCACAUUGGCGAGAACAGAGAGCAGCUCGAGGCGAUUUCUGAGGCCAACAGAUGGUUCUUUGAACGGGUUGAAAAGGGCGAUCUCACAGAAUUUGACUUUGAGCGUCCUUCUAUGAAAUCCGGUCUACAACGAGACGAUGCUGAUUGGAAGACGGUGUUUGCAGCCACGAACCCUGCUGGAGAAAGUGCGCUCAUGUGCGCUGUAUCUUCUAAUCAACAGAGCUCUCUGACUUGUCUUUUGGACCAUUUUGGAUACACCCAAGAAGAUAUACUUGCCGAUAGAUCGGUUCAAGGAAGCACUCUCCUGGUGUCUGCAUUGAGAACCGAGAAUGAAGACAUCAUCAAGCUUGUCCUUGACAGAGUUAGAGACUGUGCUGAUCUGGCUCACUACUUGUCUGUUGGUGAUGAGUAUGGACGGUCCGUGGGACACUACUUUUUCCAUUCUCUGUAUCUGCAACAGCAGGUUGGAAGCCUCAUCAACUGGACGGCGCGUGAUAACCAGGGUCAGACGCCUCUUUCUUCAUUGUGCAGAUCUUACGAUAACCCCGAUUAUCAUGCUUUGUUCAAGAACGCUCUCAAGACGUGCCUAGAUGCCACUGGUAUGGUUGAUUUGAGAGUCCAUACCGACGCCAAGGGAAACACUCUUCUGCAUACUGUGAGUGACGAGAAGGUUCUCAGCACGCUGUUGAACCAUCCUGAUGUGCUGGUGAACGUCAAUCAACCCAACAAGCGAGGUAUGACGGCACUCAUGGCUCAUGCCAAAUAUGCACGGUUGAAGGCGAUUGAGGUGCUGUGCAAAGACCCUCGUAUCGACUUUGCACCCACAGACAACAAGGGCAUGAAUGUGUUUGACAUUGCACGCGACCGGCGCACUGCCGAUUUUUUGGACGAGUGCUACAUGUCGUUGCAGCCCAAUCUGGGAGAAACCGACAAAUACUGCGAGAUUCUACGGUCUGUGAUUGCGGAUGGCGAGCUGUGUUUUGUUAUCAAAACUCGGCAGGAUGGGAAAUUGUCUGCUGUGAGACGUCCUUACAGCGACUUUGUGUUUCUGCAAAAGUGGCUUGCACAUGAGCAGCCCCUUUCGUGGUUCCCUGCUCUCAUGACGCCCACCAACCCUUUUGCAAUUCCGCACCGGCCGUCUCGUGAGAUUCUUCAUGCUAUGCACCUGCGGCUGAACCUAUUCCUCAGAACGCUUUUAUUGCACCCGACCUUCAGCAACCAUGAGCUUCUGUGGGAGUGGCUUCUUGUGCAGGACAUUAGCCACACGCAUCUGGCGGAGCGCACGACCAAGAAGCUCGAAAACAAGAAGGAGAAGGAUCUGGAGGAGUACAUUAUUCUUGGGGAGCCGGAGAUGGACGAAAUUGAAGGGUUUGUGAGCCAUGCGCUGCAACAGGUGGAUCUCAUGAGAAAGGCUACCAUGAACCUUCAUCAGGCCAGCGUCAAAUUGUGCAAUGCCCAUAGGGAUUACUGCAAGUCUUGGAUGUUGAUGAAGGAGACUGUGGAUGAGCUCAAGGAGAUCCCCGGAACCUCUCCCAGAGAGAACAUUAUUGCCAAUCUGUCGUCGGCCAUGGUUACGCUUGGGGACACCUUCCGAAUCAACAACUCGUCGCCGUUUGUCUUCUCUUGCUACAUUGAGUCGCUUCAGAACAUGGCUGACGCCACUACUCUGGCUUUGGCCCAUCCUUUAGCUCAAAUCUCGCAUUUGAGACUCCAGCAAAUGCUGUUGGUGAAGCUCCAGGCCGAUGCGGUGGCUCUUUCUGAGAAGAAAACGUUCCGCGACUUUUUCCAUGACAGAGAGAAGGAGAUACGGCUGAUCAAAAACCGUAUCCACAUCACGGAGAACGAAAUCAGACGACUGUCGAUGGAGACCAAGAACGCCCAGAUCACCUUGGCCUCCGAGCUUGGCGGCUUCUACCAGGUCCAUGAGCACGAGCUGACCUUGAGCAUCAAGAACAUUGUUUCUCGCAACAUCAAACGACAUAAGGAGCUACAGGGGGAUUUGGAGGAAAUCCAGCGCAGAUUCAUUUAG